UUCACAUCACUCUUCAUUAUAGUCGCUUGAACUGCUUCCAUGCAAUGCAUGUUGGUUUCACCAUUUCAGUUUCAGUUGGACUCUUCUGCAACUUUUUUCUUCUUCAUUCUGAGUAUUCGAAGGUCGCGGCUAGCAUCUCAGCAUCUGAUUUUGAUUCUGGAUUUUUUGGCUACUGGCUUUUCCUUCUUUUUCUUUCUUCUUCUUCUUCUUCUUCUUCCUGCUUCCUCGACCCGCCCCAGGGUUCCGGCACCACUCGGCCAGUUCUUCCAAACUCGUCCCUACGUCUCUGCUUUGGCUGCUUCGAAGCUCUACAGAAGUAUGUGACUCUUUCAAACAAAAUGAGGUGCCUAAAGAUGUCUUGCGCUUGUGGUUAUUUCCAAUUUCUCUAUAAGACAAGGCUAAAGAAUGGUUCAACAAUCUUCUCAAAGGUUCUAUUGGUUCAUGUGAGGAUCUUGAGAAUAAGUUUAGAGCUUGAUUCUUCUCUAAUGAUAAAACGGUAGAAACAAGAUAUGAAUUUCUUAGCUUUAAGUAAUAUCCAUAUGAGCAUCUCUAUGCAGCUUGGGAGAGAUACAAGAUGUUAAUAAAGAAAUGCCUUAAUCAUAAGGUGGAUAAAUGGAUAGUAAUUCAAAUUUUUUGUAAUCAUCUGAAUCCAUCUUUUAAGGCCAUGGUUGAUUUUAUCACAAAUGGGGGAUAUCAAAAUGUACCUAUCAAUGAAGUUUUUUGCCUCUUAGAUCAAUUGUCUGUGAACAACACUCAA